AAUUUUACUUGAAUCAUCUUCAUAGCAAUAUUUUGUUUCCUUUGUUGUUUAUAAGUUCUUCACUGUCUGUAAGAAAUCAGCAGAAUAUGAGAACUUACGGAUGCUAUGACAGUCUAAUUCACUUUUAAUGGAGUGGAGAUACUGUUCAGUAAUUACUUUCAAGUGUAUGGUUUAGGAUGAUGGAGACAAUUACUUGUGCGGGGGUGACAUUGGACCUCCCCUCCGAGAUGUGUCAAGACAUUUCGCUGCUCUUUGAGGUGAUCUCUCCUGAUACAUGGAACAACCACCUCACAGAUGAGCACCGGGAAAUGCUCAUGGGCUUCUUACCUGAUUUCCCCGAAAAUGACCUGGAGGAAAAGACACGUACCUUGGAAAUGUUCUUCAUGGAUCAGAACUUUAGGCAUGGCACACCGCUACGAUUAUUCCAUGAACAACUGUCAAAGGGCUUCUUCAAUCCAGAAAUCUCAAAGAUGAGAGCUCUGCAUAAGAAGAUUCUUUACAGGGAAUACAGGUACCGCCAGAAGCAGUAUGUCCACCACACCUUGGAGGAAAUCUUAGUGCGCAGGAAAAGAGUGCUGGACAUCGUGAGCAACAUGCCUCCAGACGACGUGCCAAAGAUCCCUCGCCUGCCUCCUUUGCACAACAAGAGAAAAAGCUCCCGAACGUCAAUAGAAUACAGGACAAAAAAGCGCUACUUUCGUGAGUUAGCAGCCAUCAAAUCAGAACUUGGUGAUGCAAGUGACUUUUCUGAAGAUGAAAUUUAUCCAGAAGGACCAGGAGCUUCCUUGAAUAAAAAGCAGCGUCGUCAACUAGGAGGACUGGAAGGUUCACUUCCUACAGAUCUUUUGCCUGUCCGGGCCACACAUAGUAGUGGCUCCCUGGCACUGGAUUUAGAGCUAAAGAUUACUCCAACUAGUAAUCCAUUGGACCUAACAGAUGACCAUUUUAGGGCAAUGCUGACUGCCCACAGACUGCGUCGGAAUAAGAGAGAGUCAUCUGUUGAUUUAGACACAAGGGGCAUAACACUCCAGGAUGUCAUUACAAGAGCUCAGGUGCAGAGCAAGAGACCCCCACAGAGAAAUGUAAUUUCACCUCUGUUGCUUGAGAAACCAAAGAAAAAGAUUAAGGUAAAGAAGGAAGUCUCCUCCCCACAAGUUCCCUCCACUAUCCUGGCUGACCUCCCUGUCAUCCCGAAGACAGAGAUUGCAAGUGACUCUGAGUCAUCCUCCUCUUCCUCCUCAUCCUCCUCUGAGAGCGACUCAGAGGAGACAGAUAUAAAGAAGGAGAUCCCUGCAGUCCCUCAGGCUGUGAAGAAGGGGAUAACAGGAACAAAGAACAUCAAAGUAAAGUUAGAACCUGCUGAGACUUCCACCCCCCCUGAAGACAUAGACAUUGGAGGGCUUAGUGUGGAGCCUCUGAUCAAGGAAGAGCUGAAGGUCGAAUUGAAGGAAGAACCAAUGGAAGACCAAGUGACGGCUGCAAUAGACUCUUCCUCGGAACUAACAGCUGCACUGGAAAGCAUUGGGACAUGUAUUGCUCUUGAGCUAUCCCUCUAA